AUGGGUGGUUUGGUGGCCAGGGAGCGGAGCUUCGAUGGCACACUGGUGGCGGCUCGGUGGUGGAGUGGUGGCCAGGGGGUUGGGCAGAGAUUUCCCAGCAGCAAAGGAGGCCAGGCUGGGCGGAGCUCGGCCGGGGAGAGGAGUUGCGAGAGGUGGUCGGCGAGUGGAGCGGCGACCAGAGGAACAUGCAGCGGCCGGCAGGGAGCUGGCGGAGGGCCAGGGCGGAGUACGGCUGGGGAGAGAAGCUGCGGGCGGCGGUUAGUGAGCGGAGCAACGGCCGGAGGAACAUGUAGCGGCCGGCGGGGAGUUGAGCGGCCGGCUGGAGCGGAAGCCGGUGACCAAGUAGCGGCCGACGGGAGCGGAAGCCGGGGACCGGAAAAGAAUGCCGGAAAGGGCCAUCGAUGGGGGCUGCAGAGGCCGGAUUGA